AUGGCUGCCUUGGAAGCGAGUCGUAUUUCUCCUAGGUCUCGGCGGGAGCCGAAGGGGCGCGCCCCGCGGCAAGACAAGUAUUCGGUGCUUUUGCCCACUUACAACGAGCGCGAGAACCUACCGUUCAUCGUGUGGCUGUUGGUGAAGAGCUUCUCCGAGAGUGGCUUCAACUAUGAAAUUAUAAUCAUAGAUGAUGGAAGCCCAGAUGGAACAAGGGACGUUGCUGAAGAGUUGGAGAAGAUCUAUGGGUCAGACAGAAUUCUUCUAAGGCCACGGGAGAAAAAGUUGGGACUAGGAACUGCAUAUAUUCACGGGAUGAAACAUGCCACAGGCAACUACAUAAUCAUCAUGGAUGCUGACCUCUCACACCAUCCGAAAUUUAUUCCUGAAUUCAUUAGGAAGCAAAAGGAGGGUAAUUUUGACAUUGUCUCUGGAACUCGCUACAAAGGAAAUGGUGGUGUAUAUGGCUGGGACUUGAAAAGAAAAAUAAUCAGCCGUGUGGCCAAUUUUAUAACUCAGAUUUUGCUGCGACCAGGAGCAUCUGAUUUAACAGGGAGUUUCAGGUUAUACAGAAAAGAAGUUUUACAGAAAUUAAUAGGAAAAUGUAUUUCUAAAGGCUACGUCUUCCAGAUGGAGAUGAUUGUUCGAGCAAGACAGCUGAAUUAUACUAUUGGCGAGGUGCCAAUAUCAUUUGUGGAUCGUGUUUAUGGUGAAUCCAAGUUGGGAGGAAAUGAAAUAGUGUCUUUCUUGAAAGGAUUACUGACUCUUUUUGCUACUACAUAA